AUUACCAAAUAAUAAAUGAGUUUUGUUUUGGUCUUUGAAGAGAGUGUAUUUGGCAUAAAUUUUUGAGGCAAUCACAGCAUGAAAUUUCCUUGCAAUAGUAGCCACUGAUUUGUGGCUACUGUGCUACCUUAUAUUCAAAUAGUAGCACAAUAUGCUCUUCCACCAGGCGUAGGAAGUACACUCGAGUUGUUAUCUCAUAGAACUGGAGGCAACGAAAUACCAAUACAAAUAAAAAGAUGAGAAAGAACAACCCAGGAUCUGUGAUCUCUUUUUCCUUUCUGAUCUCUCUUUUGUCGACAGAAAUGAUGAUGGCACAAAACGCAACAGUAUCAGUGAAUGUAGGAGUGGUUCUUGACUUGGAGAACUUGGAAAGCAAGAAAUGGUUGAGCUGCAUCAACAUGGCCCUGUCAGACUUCUACGCUACCAAUGGUCAUUAUAAGACAAGGUUGGUCCUCUAUACCAGGAACUCCAUGGAGGAUGUUGUCGGUGCAGCUGCUGCAGCACUGAACUUGAUAAAAAAUGUGGAAGUCCAAGCAAUUAUAGGACCUACAACAUCUACGCAGGCUGGCUUUGUUAUUGAGCUUGGACAAAAAGCUCAAGUACCCAUCAUAUCCUUUUCUGCAUCAACUCCUUCUCUUACUUCUAUCCGGAGACCAUAUUUCUUCAGAGCUACACAAAAUGAUUCAACUCAAGUGGGUGCCAUCGCUGCACUAAUUCAAGCUUUUGGAUGGAGAGAAGCAGUGCCCAUUUACGUUGAUAACGAGUAUGGCCAAGGAGUCAUACCUUAUUUAACUGAUGCUUUGCAAGCAAUUGAUACCCGAAUCCCUUACAGGAGUCUAAUCUCUUUCUUCGCUACUGAUGACCAAAUUGCUGAAGAGCUAUACAAGUUGAUGAGUAUGCAAACUAGAGUUUUUAUCCUGCACAUGCUACCCUCUCUCGGCUCUCGGCUUCUCACUAAAGCAAGAGAGGCUGGAAUGAUGAGUGAAGGCUAUGUUUGGAUCAUGACAAAUGGGAUGUCCGAUUACUUGCGUUCUCUAACCCCUUCUGUUAUCGAAUCAAUGCAAGGUGUAUUGGGUGUUAAACCUUAUGUUCCAAAAACUAAAGAGCUGGAAAAUUUUUACGUUCGAUGGAAAAGCAAAUUCCUGCAAGAUAACCCAGGAACUGUCGAUGUUGAGUCGAGCAUUUACGAACUAUGGGCAUAUGAUGCUGCUAUUGCGUUGGCCAUGGCAAUCGAGAAAGCUGGGGCUGCAAAGAUUGACUUCCAGAAAGCAAAUACUUCCAGCAAUUCAACAACUGACCUUACCACUUUUGGGGUCUCUCUAAAUGGUCCGGACCUUCUUCAGGCAUUGUCAAACACUGGCUUCAAAGGCCUUGCAGGAGAUUUCCUUUUCGUUAAUGGGCAGCUACCAUCGUCGGCUUUCCAGAUAAUUAAUGUAAUUGGUGAUGGAGCAAGAGGACUUGGAUUUUGGACACCCCAAAAGGGACUUACCAAGAAAUUGAACUCAGUGGCAGUCACAAAUUUGUAUUCUACUUCUGAAUCCAAUCUUGCACCAGUGAUAUGGCCUGGGGAUUCAUCUUCUGUUCCCAAGGGAUGGGAGAUUCCAACAAAAGGGAAGAAGUUGCGAAUUCUAGUGCCAGUGAAAGAAGGUUUUAGUGAAUUUGUAAAGGUGACAAGAGAUCCUAGUACUAAUAUCACAACUGUCAGAGGCUACUGCAUUGAUGUUUUUGAUGCUGUAGUGAAAGCAUUACCUUAUACUGUGACUUAUGAAUACAUCCCCUUUGCCAAUCCUGAUGGAAGCAGUGCAGGAACUUAUGAUGAUCUAGUCUAUCAAGUGUACACUGGGAAAUUUGAUGCUGUGGUGGGAGAUACAACUAUAAUCGCAAACAGGUCCUUGUAUGUGGACUUCACAUUUCCUUACACAGAAUCAGGAGUAUCAAUGAUAGUGCCAAUCAAAGACAACAAUAGUAAAAAUGCAUGGGUUUUCUUGAAGCCUUUAACAUGGGAUCUUUGGGUAACAAGCUUCUGUUUCUUUGUUUUCAUUGGUUUUGUGGUCUGGGUUCUUGAACACAGGAUAAAUCAAGACUUUAGAGGACCACCAUCACAUCAAGCUGGAACUGCGUUCUGGUUUUCCUUCUCGACCAUGGUUUUUGCCCAUCGGGAAAGAGUGGUUAGCAACUUGGCUAGAUCAGUAGUAAUCAUAUGGUGUUUCGUUGUAUUGAUUCUGACUCAAAGCUACACGGCCAGUUUAACAAGUCUCCUGACAGUCCAGCAGCUCAUGCCUACUGUGACUGAUGUUCAUCAGCUCAUUAGCAAUGAAGAUAACGUAGGCUACCUGCAAGGUUCUUUUGUUUUGGGAAUCCUAAAAGGGUUGGGUUUUCAUGAAUCCAGACUCAAAGUGUACAAGUCUACUGAAGAAUGCAACGAACUAUUCGUAAAAGGAACUAGGAAUGGCGGCAUUACUGCUGCAUUUGAGGAAGUACCAUAUAUUAAGCUGUUUUUAGCACAGUAUUGCUCCAAGUACACCAUGGUAGAACCCACAUUUAAGACAGGUGGCUUUGGAUUUGUGUUUCCUAAAAGAUCUCUAUUAGUACCUGAUGUCUCAAGGGCAAUCUUGGAUGUGAUUCAAGGAGAUAACAUGAAGAAAAUUGGAGAAGCAUGGUUUGGAAAGCAAAGCAGCUGUCCAGAUCCUAGCACCACUGUUUCUUCCAAUAGCCUUAGUCUCAGAAGUUUCUGGGGGUUAUUUUUAAUUUCUGGAACAGCUUCAGCUUUAGCUCUCAUGAUAUACGGAGCCAUGUUUACCUAUGAGCAUUGGCAGAUUAUCAGGCGUUCUGAUUCAGAAGCUAGAAUAUGGAGUAAAAUUGUUCAUUUGUUGAGAAUAUUUGACGAAAAAGACUUGAAAUCACACACUUUCAGAAAGAGUGAAGUGAAUGAGAUAAGUAUGGGUGCUCCAAGUCCGUCAAUCUAUUCAGUCCGGACAGAUUUUCCUGGAGAACAGGGCAGACCUUCUGCAGAAUAUGGAGAUCCAAAUCCAGAGGAGCAACCAGCUCAAGAAGUAGUGCUAAAUAUUGAUCUUGUCAAUUCAAAUCAAGAUCAAGAGAACGGGCAACAAGUUCUGAAAUAACCUGUCACAACUGCUAAUUGGUAGAUUUAUAUCAUUGACUAUGUGAUAAUUGGAACACCAUCAUCCAUAGUUAUAUACUAAAAUGACUCUUUCUUAAUUAUGUCUGAGAGGUCUUUGGUAAUGCAUGUAAUAUAUAUGUAUUUUAUUUUGAAAAAAAAUAAAAUUCCUGUAUCUGGAAUUCCAAGGCAAUGCUGGAAGCUAGGUAGUUGUCCAAAUUCUAACA